AAAAUGACUUGACGCUUUUUGCUUUGUGAUGCCCUUGCUGAUGGCAGAGAAAAAAACAACAACACGGGAAGAGCUGUUUCUUUUAACCACAAACUAAACAUAUUUUACAGCUGCCCAGUAUCUAAUGUAAUGAUAAGGUCGAAAACGGGCCUUUUGGUAACAAGAACCAGGGACAAGGAAAAGUUGAAGAUGUAGCCGAUGAAAUGGAGUAUGAUGAGAGACUUGCACUUUUCCGCCAAACUCGCCUCAAUCCCUUUGAUCGUGGAGAGGAAGAAGAUGGUCCCCAAGAAGGCAAGACGCCCCCACUGCACGAAGCAAGGCCUGAGCUGUUCUCUGCGACCAGAACCCACAGUUCAGACCGGACCAUGGACCUUGGUCUAGCUGAGGACCACUUCUCAAGGCCUAUGGGUUCGUUAGUUGCUUCAGAUAUUGAACAGCUGAAAAUGGCCAUAGAGGAGUGUAAAAAGCUGAUCUUGGAGCUGCCAGAACACUCGGAGAGACAGAAGGAUACUGUGGUGAAGCUUAUCCACCUUCGUCUGAAACUGCAAGAACUUAAGGACCCUGAGGAUGAUGAGCCUAAUCUGAGAGUUCUACUGGAGCACCGCUUUUCCAAGGAAAAGAGCAAGAGUGUGAAACAGACGUGUGACAAGUGUAGCGCUAUCAUCUGGGGCCUUAUCCAGACUUGGUAUACCUGCACAGGUUGCUAUUAUCGUUGCCAUAGCAAGUGUAUGAACCUGAUCACCAAGCCCUGUGUCAGGUCAAAGGUCAGCCACCAGUCGGAGUAUGAGCUCAGCAUCUGCCCUGAAAUAGGACUAGACCGGCAAGACUACCGCUGUGCAGAAUGCCGCGCACCUAUUUCCCUGAGGGGCGUGCCGACUGAAGCCAGACAGUGUGACUACACGGGCCAGUAUUACUGCAGCACAUGCCACUGGAAUGACACCGCCAUCGUCCCAGCUCGUGUCAUCCACAACUGGGAGUUUGAAUCACGCAAGGUUUGUCGCUCCUCAAUGCGCUACCUGGCCCUGAUGAUACCACGACCUGUUCUUAAGCUGAAAGAAAUCAACCCGCUGCUAUUUAACUUUGUGGAGGAACUAGUCGAGAUCAGGAAACUCCGUCAAGAUAUUCUGUUGAUGAAACCCUAUUUUAUUACCUGUAAGGAGGCCAUGGAGGCUCGGCUAUUGCUACAGCUACAAGAUCGGCAGCACUUUGUGGAGAAUGAUGACAUGUACUCACUACAGGAUUUGAUUGACAUCUCAAGUGGCAGACUCAGCUGUUCUCUCACAGAGAUCCACACCACAUUUGCUAAGCACAUCAAACUAGACUGUGAGCGUUGUCAGGCCAAAGGAUUUGUGUGUGAGCUGUGUAAGGAAGGAGACAUACUGUUCCCUUUUGACAGUCAUACCUCAGUCUGCCACGACUGCUCUGCUGUCUUCCACAGAGAUUGUUACUAUGACAACUCCACAACUUGUCCACGAUGUGCCCGAAUGACUGAACGCAAGCAGGAUGACUUUCCAGAUGUGAAAGAUGCAUAAGUCUGGAGAGGACCACCUGAUGUUACUGGAUGUUGCACUUUGCUUCAUGUUGUGCUCUACUCGAUCAUGAAAGUCUAACAGAUGACUAGCUUUUUGUCUUUGUCCUUGGUUUGUUUUAUGUAUAAUGUUUAUACUGUAGUGUCUUUAACUUCCUGUGCACUACAUAAUGAAGCAGGGUACCCAUCUGGAAAUUAAUAUAUAUAUUUUUUUUAUCCAACUUUUUAAUUCAUACUAAAAUCCGAUGUACUGAACAGUGUUUAUGUGUGUUUGUGUUGGUGAUCUGCAUUUGUGUGUGCAUCUGCUUGUAUAAAUGUACAAAAUAAAUUCCCUAUAGAGAAAAGCCACCUCAUCAGUAGGUGAGUAUGCAUGCAGGAGUUGUUGUAUAUUAACUGUUACAAGCCUCGGCUGAAUUAAACUCUACUGCCAACCCUGAAUACUAAACUUUGAGGUUGCCAUAUAUGGAAAAUGAUUUUGAAUUUUAAGGAUUAGAACGCCAGCUUCCAAAGACUAAAUCACAAAAUUAUAUUAACCAGAAAUUUGCCUUUCAGCUGCCAGUUGUAUGUUUUUAUUUUAAUAACAAAAUCUUGUAAACAUGCUUUUGAAAGUUAAAUGAGUUACCUUGCACUGAUUAUCAUUUCCAAGUAUCUGUAUUUUAGGGUAUUUAAGUUUGUAUCACACAACUAAACAAAAUGUAAACUGUUUAAUUAGUUUAAACUAAGAAAUCAAUUAAAUCUGUUACACUAUGUGAUCAUAACAUCGCUCUUUGACUUUCCCUUUUUAAGCACAUUUUAUCAUCCGUGCCAACACUGCUUAUCUUACAAGUAUUACACCCUCCAUUCAAUUAUAUGCCUAUUUUCCUUUCAGAUUUUUAUUCAUCAAUCUGGUGAUCUGUUUAACAUUUCUUCAGAAAAUAUUUCCAGGCCUUAAAGCAAUAUUUUUCUUUCAGCAUGGACCUGCUUUGAGUUUAAUUGUCAAUUAGCUGCCAUUAAUACUGGAAAAACAAUUAUAUUGCUUGCAAUUUUUGAAAGGUUGUGUCUAUACAAUCAAACUAUUAUUUGAAAUAUUAAUACAUAUAUUGGCAACAUAUAUAAUCAAAGCAUGCAUCACCAGUACAUACAGUACAUACAUACAAGAAAAGGAAUAUGGAAGUUAAAUGUGCUUUCCCUUUAUUCAAAACUGUGAUCUCAUUUUAGACCGUUUACUCUGUGUUUAAUACGGUUCAGUUUAAUGUAGUGUGUAGCAAAUACAUGUGAAGACUUAUAAACAGUGUGUGCCUAAGAUAGUCAGGUUACAUAGUCUUAAAGUACCCAUAGCACAUGUUGUCCAGAGAUGACAAAGAUGUUAAGUGACACCUUUGGUAAUUUGUAAAUGUUGAUCUCAAGUAUUUGUUUUAAAAUAAUGAGUUGUGGCUGUGUUAUCUUUCAGCAUGAUGUACUGUAUUGUAUUUUUUUCCCCCAAACUAAUGGACAUACAUGGUGUAGGUGAAACCCAUGCCCUGUUAUAAAACGUGGAGUAGUGCUUGAAUAAAGUGAUAUGAUGCAUUAAA